UUCCAGUAAUUUGCCAAAAUGACCAACACAAAGGGAAAGAGGAGAGGUACCCGCUAUAUGUUCUCUAGACCUUUUAGAAAACAUGGAGUUGUUCCUUUGGCCAUAUACAUGCGAAUCUAUAAAAAAGGUGAUAUUGUGGACAUCAAGGGAAUGGGCACUGUUCAAAAAGGAAUGCCCCACAAAUGUUACCAUGGCAAAACUGGAAGAGUCGACAAUGUUACUCAUCAUGCUGUUGGCAUUGUUGUAAACAAACAAGUUAAGGGCAAGAUUCUUGCCAAGAGAAUUAAUGUACGCAUUGAGCAUAUGAAACACUCAAAGAGCCGAGAUAGCUUCCUGAAGCGUGUGAAGGAAAAUGAUCAGAAAAAGAAGGAAGCCAAAGAAAAGGGUACUUGGGUUCAACUGAAGCGCCCCCCUGCCCCACCCAGAGAAGUGCACUUUGUGAGAACCAAUGGAAAGGAGCCCGAACUGCUGGAACCCAGUCCCUAUGAACUCAUGGCAUGAUAAAUGUAAAGAAAAUAAAAGACCUCAAGACUGUAAAAAUGUUUCUCUCAAUUGAAUAGAAGUGUGGUGUCCUUUCCCCCAAAAAAAUAUUUAAAGCAAACUUUGUGUCCUAAAAAAAAAAAAAAAAGAA